GGUGCUUGUGACGCAGAAUGUGAAGCGUGCUUCUGCUCCAUCAUCCCACGAGCGAAGCGAGGGAAAAAGUUACGAGCUCCCCUUGAACCUUAUCGUUAACAAACAUGUCAGGAGACGACGAACAGCAAGAGCAAACCAUUGCUGAUGACUUGGUGGUCACCAAGUAUAAGAUGGGGGCUGACAUAGCAAACCAGGCUAUAAAAGUUGUAAUUGAAGCAGCCAAGCCUGGCGUGUCUGUGGUCAGCCUGUGUGAGAAAGGAGACGCUUUUAUCUCUGCUGAAACAGGCAAGGUGUUCAAAAAGGAGAAGGAGAUAAAGAAAGGAAUUGCCUUUCCCACUUGCGUCUCUGUGAACAACUGUGUGUGUCACUUCUCGCCACUGAAGAGCGAUCCUGACUACACGCUUAAAGACGGUGACUUGGUUAAAAUUGACCUUGGAGUGCAUGUGGACGGCUUCAUCUCCAACGUUGCCCACAGCUUUGUGGUUGGUGCCACCAAGGAUGCUCCUGUGACAGGACGUAAAGCAGAUGUGGUCAAAGCGGCCCACUUGUGUGCAGAAGCUGCUCUUCGGCUGGUUAAGCCUGGUAAUCAGAACAGUCAGGUCACUGAGGCCUGGAACAAGAUUGCCCAGUCUUUUAAAUGCACAGCCAUAGAGGGCAUGCUGUCUCAUCAAUUAAAGCAGCAUGUGAUUGACGGAGAGAAGACCAUUAUUCAGAAUCCCUCUGAUCAGCAAAAAAAGGAUCACGAGAAGGCAGAAUUUGAAGUGCAUGAGGUGUACGCUGUGGAUGUGCUCAUCAGCACUGGAGAGGGAAAGGCUAAAGACUCUGGCCAGAGAACAACCGUUUAUAAGCGAGACCCCAAUAAGCAGUAUGGCUUAAAGAUGAAGACAUCCAGGAUGUUCUUUAGUGAGGUGGAGCGACGAUUUGAUACCAUGCCAUUUACUCUGAGGGCAUUUGAGGAUGAGAGUAAAGCUCGGCUAGGUGUAGUUGAGUGUGCCAAGCAUGAGCUGCUUCAGCCGUUCACUGUCCUGCAUGAGAAGGAAGGUGAAUUUGUAGCACAGUUUAAAUUCACAGUGUUGCUGAUGGCCAACGGCCCUCUGCGUAUCACCAGUGGAUUUUUCGAACCAGAACUUUACAAGUCUGAGCAUGAAGUACAAGAUCCAGAGCUGAAGGCUUUGUUGCAAAGCUCAGCCAGCCGCAAGGCACAGAAGAAGAAGAAAAAGAAGGCAUCCAAAACCGCAGAGAAUGCUACUGGACAACCGAUGGAGGCCGAGAGCCAAGCUGCUGCAUAGACUCCCACUGCCAACCCAGCUGACUGACCGAGCCUCUGCACAGCCCAAAUAACAGAACCAUUAAAGUUAAUUAUAACCUGCCCCACUGAGAGGCCUUCUGGCCAAGCCUUCUAUUUGAAUAUCUCCUCAUUAGUUAUACAAGACUGCUGCAGGGUUUGUACAGUUUACUUAAGUUCCCAAACUCCUGUUUGGUUGUCUAUGAACCAUGCUUCUCUCUGGAGCAGCUGCUACUCAUAGAAAAUGGAGGAUACAGAUGAGCAGGUAGAUACUGACCAACUGUGUUUACAGGAGGCAACACUGGGGACCUUUUGAUCCUGUCAAGAGUUUCACUGACCUUGUACAAGCCAUCUCAUAUACAUAUGUAAUUAUGGCACUUAUUAGGCAGCAUUGCAACAAAGCACUGUUCAUGUCAUUGCAGAAGGUUGCCUUUUUGUAAUGGGUUUUUUUCUGUUGGGAACUAUUAUAGUAGUUUGUAUCAAUGACUUGUAAUGAGUCUCUGGAGCAGUUACUGCCUAAGUACAACUCAAUUAUAACACAAUCACUGCAUUGGAAGUACUGUUAAUCAAUUUGGUAAACUUUAAUUUCUGUCCAGUGACAUUCGGCAUUCAUUUUUGUAAUAUUUCCCAAUUAUAAAAGCUCUUUCACAUUGCUGUAUAAGUUCCUUCGGCUUUCUGGUUUGAUUCCUGAAACUAUUGUUUGACUAAAACUGACUGACCAAAUUAUCCUGCCAUUUUGUAAGCAUACAUCUAAUAAAUUGAAUUAGGCAAAUUAUGA